ACAGCUGCAUCUACACCAGGCGCGCACGUCGAGAUAGGGCAGGGCACCUACCCCACUGGACUAUCGCAGACAGCGAAGUUUCCAAUCGUCGACGACGAGGUGCUCUCUUCCACUUGAUACCUAUAGGAGCCUCCUUAGUUCAAAGCCGCGACUUCGAGCGAUACGUCGACGACGGUGACGACGACGGGUUGUAGAAGGUUCUGCUGCUGACUCCGAUCGUUUCCGAAUUCUACAGUUCGCGGCGUUGAAAGGUGGUUCUGGGAUAUCGUGCAUAAAACAACCUCGACCAUGAUCUGCCGGUGCUAAUCGUAUACGGUGUGGUACCUACCCGAAGAGAGAAAGAGCAUGGCAGCCGAACGAGGGUCUAGCGAACGAGAACGGCUGCUGCAACAUCGCCGGCGAAAACGGUUCCAGAAGCUGAAUGAAGUGCAACACAACCACAACAUGCGGUUGCUGGUGUCGGUACUAAUCGCUCUCACCUUUCUGAUUAUGGGAGUAAUCGGCUACAUGGUCAACUCAGUAUUCGGCACCAUGUUUUCCAACGGAAACGAAUCCUCAUCGGAGGGACUGCUGUAUCCUCGUGAAUCGGAAACGCGGGAGGUCAAGAAGCUGGACGGAAUGUGGAACUUUGUCCGAUCGGACAGCAAUAAUCCCUCGCAGGGCCUGCGGGAGAAGUGGUUUAGCGAUGAUUUAAGUAGGUUUAAGCGCACCAUUCAGAUGCCGGUGCCCAGUAGCUAUAACGACGUGACGGAGGACGCCGCCCUCCGGGACCACGUGGGCACGGUGUGGUACGAUCGGCGAUUUUUUGUGCCAAAAUCCUGGGGCGCUCAGGAUCAGCGGGUGUUUGUGCGGUUCGGGUCGGUGCACUACGACACGAUUGUGUGGAUCAAUGGAAUUCAAGUGGCCAAACAUGAAAUCGGGCAUCUGCCAUUUGAGGCGGAUAUCUCGACGGAGCUAAAGUACGGAGCCGAGAAUCGUAUAACGGUGCUCUGCGACAACGUGCUCCUACAAGUGACGGUGCCGCAAGGCAAGGUACAGAAUCAACCGGUGGAUGGAGGUGUCGAGUUGGUGCAAACGUACACGUUCGACUUCUUUAACUACGCCGGUAUUCACCGGUCGGUGAUGUUGUACACGGUUCCGCGAGUGUUCAUCCGUGACGUUGUGGUUAACACCGACCUGGUGGGUGACGAGGGUCACAUCUACUACAGUGUAAAGAGCAACCUGAACGGUAGUUACCAGGAUCUGCAGGCGACAGUGAAGAUCAUAGACAAGAACGGGUCGGUAGUGGCGACGGAUACCACUGCUGGGGCGGAUCUGAAGGGGGUAGUAUUAGUGAAAAAUGUGAAACCAUGGUGGCCAUAUUUGAUGCACGAAGAGCCGGGAUAUUUGUACAAUAUGGAAGUCACGUUAGAGGGUAAGAGCAACGAGGCGACCAAGCCUCUGGGAGAAAUUCACGAUGUGUACAGGAUGAAAGUGGGCGUGAGGACGCUGGAAUGGACCAAUACGUCGUUGUUGAUCAAUGGGCGUCCAAUUUACUUCCGCGGGUUCGGAAGGCACGAGGAUUCAGAUAUUCGAGGAAAAGGUCUUGACUACGCCUUGCUGACCAAAGAUUUUAAUCUAUUGAAGUGGGUAGGUGCAAACGCCUAUCGCACUUCACACUAUCCGUACUCGGAGGAGAGUAUGCAGUUUGCAGACGAACACGGUAUUAUGAUAAUUGACGAAUGUCCCAGUGUGGAUACAGAGUAAGUAUUUUCUUCUUGAACAGUGGUUUUCG